UUUGAUCCAUAAAUUUAAAGAGGCUGUGCUUUUACAACUUACAUUUCAGUCUGUUCGAUAGAACUAAAGAAGUAAGCAGGAGCGAUAUUGGGUAACAUAAAUACGCCCGUCCAUAGUUGAAGAAUGCACCAGUUUUGUGUGACCUCUCGUAAGUCGGGGAUGGCAAAAAAUACACCAAGAGAAGGAGGACCCACAACAACAGAAAACUUUUUUCUAAAGAUCAUGAAUGGAACUGAUACACAGACAAAAUCAAAAAAAGAUCCUUAUAUCAAAACAUUUGGAAGACCACCUGCUAUCACUGCAGCCAGGGGAAACGUUUUGGAAGUUCUGGAUACAAAGCAGAGGAACAGGAUUACUAUAAAAAUGGACAUUUCAUAUACUGACCAUUCCCAUAUAAUUGGAAAAGGUGGGAAAAACAUUCAGAGAGUAAUGGACGAAACUGGCUGCCAUAUCCACUUCCCUGACUCCAACCGUAACAGUUUGACUGAGAAGAGUAAUCAGGUGUCAAUUGCAGGUCAACCAGGAGGGGUGGAGAAAGCACGUUGUCGAGUAAGGGAACUUCUACCACUUGUAUUUUCAUUUCAUCUGCCAUCUUCUACAAUGUCACCACCACCAGACCUUUCAUCCCAAGAUCUUCUUCUUAUUCAACAUAAUUAUGCUUUUACUGUAUCAAUUAGAACUUGGCAUUGUGAUAGUUUUGGUGUAGUCAUCGUUAAAGGUUGCCAAAAAGAUUUUGCUCUCAUCAGACAAGGAUUAACCAUCCUUAUGGACUACUUGACUGGUAGUAAAAAUACAAUGCUUCCAGUAAAUUUAAACAUAGAAAUAUCUCCACAUCAUCAUGUUUUUGUCAUGGGAAAGGACAAGAUAAAUAUGAACAUGAUCAUGCAGAAAACAGGAGUACUCAUAACAUUUCCUGAUUCCAAUGAUACUGUAUGUGAAUCAACAGAAAAGUUUGUUACCCCAGUACAGCAUGCCUCUUCUGUUACUAUCACUGGCUAUGUUGAUGCUGUGUAUUUAGCCUGGCAAGAGUUGAUGGGUCAUCUUCCACUGGUCUUAAUGUUUGAUCUAAAAGAUGACCAAGAACUAAACACAGCACUUAUUCAUCAACUCAUGGAACUCCUAAAGGUUAAAGUUAUCAUUAGACCCAAGCCAAAACAGAAUAGUAAGACUGUUAUUGUACAUGGAGCUGAGAAAGACUCAAGAGCUCUUUUUGAAGUUAGAAGACAACUGCUUGGAUUAGAUGAAUCAGCUGUACCACUGUGUUGUGACAAACACUUCGUUUCUAGAGUACAUCCUAUUUUGUUGUCUUCAUUGGCCAUGAAUGGACAAAUGAUGCAUUUUGAAGACAAACUUAGAGACAGUAGCAGAUCAGCAUUUAAACGAGUUCUUGAAUUAGCUUUUUCCAGCAUUCCAAUAAGUUCUCUAUUUCUUUUGAACAACUUGGAAAAUCUCCAACUUCCUUUAAGCUCAUCUUUUCUACCUAUGGUGACAUCCAGCCCAACUCAACAGGCAGCAGCAUCUCUCUCAAAAAGCUCUAAUUCAACCAUGUAUGACAGCUAUAUCAACUCUUGCAUAAAUCCAAACCCUGUUCCUAAAAAUGAGUUUGGAUUACAUCUUCAUGAAUCUUUAUUCUCAGGGACAUUUGAUCAAGUGCCAUCCAUUUAUGGAAAUAUCAGUUGUGAUAAAAGUAGUACAUUGUCUACUCCAACACUGAUCCCUGAUGAGUUCCUUGCCUCUGAAAUUAAAAAUCUAUGUGUUGAUGGAGGCCAUAAUAAGGAAAGUGCAACAGGAAAAGCAUUAUUUAAUUUGAGAAACUGGUCAGACAUUUCAGAAGAUUGUGGGCAUGUAUCGGAAAGAAGUGUUUUUACAGAAAACAAGAGUAGAGGCUUUGGACUUGAGGAGUCUUCUUCAAAUGAAAAACUUUUUUCCCACAUCUCAGAAGCUGAAUCACUUACAAGAUCUUCAGUGCAAAGUGACAGCAAGUUUGAUGCUACAAGUUAUUUAAGAGAGAAGAUUGUAGGUACUGUAGGAUGUGAGAGGAAAAGUCCAAUGGAUUCCUCUCUGUUUGAUUAUGAAGAAGGGAAAUUACUUGCUUCUAAAGUAAUACAGAAGCCACUGAACUCAGUGACUCGAAUACCAACCAAUAUAUGGGCUGGCUUUGGAUUCUCCAAGUCGAUGCCAGAGUUUGUCAUAAAAGAGAAGUGGCAGACACAUUUAAAUCAACCUUCUGUUCCUGAAACAAUACAGGAAGAAAAAACUGUUACAAGUUAUAUGGACAACAUAUGGUACAACAGUAACUCUGUUGUACCUAAACCAGAGACAUUUUGGAAACUAAAUGGAAACAGUCAUGAACAGGACAAUGACCUGGCUGAAAAAAGGAGUUGUAUGUUCAGUAGCAGUAACUACUUUGACUGCUAUCCAUCCAAACUACCCUUAAUUUCAUUGAGCAGUACUGAUUUACCCCAUUUGCUCUGUAAACUUGGAGUGUUAACUUAUGUUGAUGUCUUUCAGCAAAAUGAGAUUGAUCUCACAACAUUUUUAAAACUUACAAGCAAAGAUCUGCAGAACUUGAAUAUUCCUCUUGUUCCCAGGCAAAAGAUGCUAUCAGCAAUUUCAAUCUUAAGCAAACAAGAGGCUAUUCAAAAAAUGGACUUGACUGGAGCUCAAAGUUAUGAAAAUAAUUGUAAAACCAAAUGGUACAAUGAACAUUCAUAAGUUAAGCCACAUCCAUAGUAAAGAACUUGCAUGUAUUAUUCUGUAAUACUCUAACUGUUCUAUUUGAAGAAUCUGGUACUAGGAUUAUUUAUGAACUGUUUGACUGAGAAAUACAUAUGAAUGAGAUACUGUUAAAGGUUUUAAUUAGAUAUAUUCUUAAAAUUUAUUCAUGGUUUUAAUAUAUUUUGAAAGCAUUUAUUUUUCUCGAAUCA